AUGAACUCAAACGCGAAGCUCAGCACUGGUUUAGGGAAAACAUCCCAACCGGCUACAUCUUCUCUGACUUCGAACAAUCAAUCCAUCCUCAUCGACAAAUUUAACGGUCGUCGAUCUACUCCUGAUUCAGAGGCUUUAGCUAGCUCGGAUGAUGAAGGCGACAGGCAUGAUCUAGGUCAAACAACUUUUCCACCCCAGAAACCCACCCGAAGGGCUUCUUGGCUUAACGAUACAACACAGGCCAGCGCUCAGCCUCGCAAGGGCUCAUUCGCAAGCAGUACGAUGUCGCCAACUACUUCGCAUCCUGCGACACCGUCUGCCGACACUAACACAUGGAAUAGCCACACACAAAACGCAACAGGUGCUGGCCGAGGUCACUCGGGAUCAACUUCAUUCCCGUGGGGGAGUGGGAUCUGGAAUACUGAGUCCCGGAAAGAGCCUCCAUCGAGAUUGACAGAGGUUCUUCCUUCGCCAACAUCCAUGCAUCCGUCGGGGCCCAAUGGCAAUGGAUUUUUUACGAACGACCUGAUGAAUAUCCAACGAGAGCAACAGCCCAACCAGUCAAUUCCUUUUGCUAUCCCACUUCACCCCACUCCCAAAACCUAUCGCUCACAAUCUUACUCAGUUGGUCAGCUCGAGUCCGACUCACCUGCUGCCGCCGCUUCAGCCGCUGCGCAGCCAAAUGUCUUUGCAGGUCGCGGGAGACCAUUGCAACACUCCAGACUUCAACAUCGACCCUCUAGACCAAGUAUGUUGAGUGAAAUGUCUAGCGAAGGCGGCUUAAGCAAAUUGAAGGAAGUUGACGAUGAUGAUGACGAAAGCACCAACGGAUCGAACCACGGGGUUCCUGUAUCAUCAAGUAACGACAAGGCGCUCGUCGAAGCUCUCACAAGAGAGAAUGCAAUCCUACAUCAAAAGCUAAACGACCCACGGACCCGGGCUCGUGGGAUCAGAGGCUCUUAUGGCUUACAGGAAACACUACCCGGGGAGUCUGACUAUGCUAUUGACGAGCUCGAGGAAAUCAGCGAGUUGCAAGAGCUAGCAGCGAAGGGACCUCUACUUCGUAGACUGAGUGAACAAUAUCCAGCCUCUAGCCAGCACCGUCUUCCACCAUACAUUUCCUUGGAGAAUCGCAAAAUCGAGAAUGUCAAAAAAGCAUAUUGGCAAAGUUCGCCUGGGUUUGGAGGCUUGACAGAGCUGCCAGGCAGCCGCCGUCAUUCAUUUGCCGAUGUCAACGUUCCCACUCGUCAAGGCUCUGUCAGUUCUAUCGGAGAUCCACUGUCGGGCCACGAGAACAGUCUUCAGGAUGCACUGGCAUCGAAAGAUUAUGGUAGAUAUCAGGAUCCGACUAGCUACUCCUUGAACGAGCAUGGUGAGCAAACUUUUGAUACAACUCGUCGCGGUUCUUUCUUUGCAUCUAAGCUCGGUCAAAUUACCGAAGAUUCAAUGUCAACCUCUCAUCAAGUUCCUGACCAAUUUUCAGCCGCAUCUUACUUCGGUGGUGUCGCAGCAGCACCACGUAACGACGCUUUCCCUACCACUCAUUACCAACCUCAAAACUACCCGUAUGGGGCCCCAGCUCAGUACGGCGCUGGACGAGCUCCAUCGCCACAUCGAAGUAUGUAUGGCGUUCCUCAACCACGCCACAACCAACUUCUUUACAUCGUCCUUUUCAAAUGUUCUCGAGCAGACGUGUUCUACGUCCAGGAAGGGACUGGUCUCUCUGUGAAACCAGGAGAUCUAGUCAUUGUUGAAGCAGAUCGCGGUACUGAUUUAGGUACUGUUGCCAGGGACAAUGUUGACUGGGCGUCUGCGAAAGACCUCAAAGAACAUUAUGCUGAGGAGCAUUACAAAUGGCUUAUGAUGUACUCUCAAGGUGCUGCCGGAACCGCGGACGGUACUGGAGCUGGUUUAAUGGCUGCGUCCAAUGGCCUUCAAGGAAGCGCUGUUGGUGGUAUGGGUCCUCCAAGCCAACAUGGUAUGCAGGAGCCAAAUCCGGGCGAACUCAAACCGAAAAUUAUCAAACGUCUGGCUCAGAAUCAUGAGAUACAAGCUCUCCGCGACAAAGAAGGCAACGAGGCAAAGGCCAAGCGGGUGUGUAUGCAAAAGGUCAAAGAACAUGGCCUCCACAUGGAGAUUCUCGACGCUGAAUUCCAGAUGGAUUGGAAAAAGCUCACCUUUUACUAUUUUGCGGAUGCUUAUAUCAAUUUCAACUCCCUGGUGACGGAUCUUUUCAAGGUCUACAAAACACGUAUCUGGAUGUCAGCGAUCAAUCCUGCCUCUUUCGCAAGUCCAGCGCUGGGCUUACAAGCGCCGAGUGGAAUUGGACCAGGAGCCGUGGGUGUUACUCGAAAUCCUCAGCCAGAGCGACGUGCUCCACAACCGGAGCAGGUCGCAUACGCAAGCGCACCCCCCAGCCGAGAAUACACAGGUGCUUUUGCUCAACCAUUCACACCUGCUACCAAUAGGGAGACCAUGGCACAGGCUGCAUUUACACCUAACGCAGCAUAUAAUUAUGGGUAUCCACAAUUCAAUGCGGCGCCUCGCAACGUUGGCAUUUCACCAGGUUACAGCGCUCCAAUCAACACUUUCAACUCUUUCUCGACACCUACUGAUUAUCAAGCCCUCACGGCUCGAUAUUCCUCCACUCAUGGCGCUACUACGGGGCAUGAAAAUGGAGAUUACGCUCGGCAAUCCCAUAUUCUCCCCUCACCAAACGAGGCCUGGAUCACUAAUUUUCAAGGGCUAUCUAUGAACAGCCAAUAG